AUGCCAGAGUAUGCCUACUAUGACUACAGCAGCAACUACCUCUCGGGAGGCCUGCAAGAAUCCGACUGCUCGCUGGACUCCAUGCGUCUCGGCGCCAACUGCUUUUCCAUUCCAUCGGCAGCAGCAGCAGCAGCAGGCUCGUGCAAAGGUGCUGAGCAGCGGCCGGCAGCAGUGUGUGAGGCGUUCUUUGGGAUUGCCAACAUCACCACGCCUGCUUGCGGGGGCCUGGGAGUGUGCCACCCGGACGGUCCGAAUCUUGUUCCCACGUGCCUGUGUCACGAUGGGUUCGUGGAGGAUGGAGGGAUCUACUGCAUCGCUGCGGGCUCGCUUCGAAACGGUGACGUGGUGGAGCCGACUGUUCUCACCAAGGGCACAGCAGCAGAGACAGGCAGUGUAUUCACUGCCGACCCUCUCGUGCUCUUCUCGUACGAUUCUGUCAAGGAGGGCUGUGGCACCCAGCUGCAGUUCCAAGCCAACUUCACCUUCUUCAUGUUCCCCACUGCUGCUGCUGCUUCUGCGAGCAACCCCGAUCGCCAGGGGGCCAACGGGCUGGCAUUUGUGAUUUCCGCGACGAACGCAGCAGGAUCUGGCGGGGAGGGGGGAGGGGUGGGGUACGCUGGCAUGGACGCUCGGAGCAUAGCCGUAGAGUUUGACACGUUCACAGAUGCAGCGCAUGGGGACAUGCCCGGCCACCACGUGGGGCUCAACAUUGGCGGCAGCGCCACUUCCGUCAAGGCCGUCCGUGCUCCCUUCCCACUCAACGGCGGCAAUGCGUACACGGCAUGGAUUGACUACAAACCGGGAAGCCCAGGAACUCUGAGGGUGUAUCUCGCUCGGGAUGAUAUCAAACCUGGCGUGCCUCUACUGGAGAGCCCUCUGUCGAUGUGUGACGUGUUGCAGCCAACUGCUGCUGAACCGUCCUUCUACUUUGGGUUUGUGGCGUCUACCGUGGCCCCUUACCUUCAACAGCACGCCAUCCUGGUGUCUCUCAUUCGAACAGAUUGUGCUGCUUCCUUGCUGUGA